AUGUCGAUCGGGAACGUUUUCGAACGUCGGGAGAUCGAACUGAUAUUUCCCCGACAGCACAAGUCAAACCUAAUUUUGGUGUGGUUGGGUAUAUUUAUCAUCUUUCUCACAGGCAUAGCAUUUAUCCUUGCAAUUUUAUGGGUUCACUACACCAGUACCGUGCUUGCGAUUUUAGCCGCAGUAGAAGAUGUGAACGCUGCUACCUACAUUAGCCUUGACGAUGAAGGCCCCAAAGAUCCCGAGACUGGCGAGCCAAUCCAUGCAAAGCCCAUCACCAGCGGACUACGUUCAUCCAUUAGACACCUGCGUGCCCGCGGCGGCCUGAGGGAGUGCUUCCGGGGCCUGCGCAUGUCCAUAGAUGUUGGAAUGGCGGAGUUUGGUAUCAGAAUUAUGAUAAGCCUUGUGCUCCCGGUUAGCAUGAGAUCUUUUCUCGGCUUCCUUGUUCUGGACUUUAUCGCCCGCAUGCCCUUGGCAACAUGGCAGAUGGCCUGGGUCCAUCGUGUGAUCGCCGACAAGUCCCCUCAACACAGGCACCGGCGAAUACUUGGGUAUCGAAAUUGGCCGAGGAUUGCCCCCGCAGCUGCUUUGUACAAUUUCGCCAUGUCUAUGACCAUUUCACUUACUCCUGCGGUGUUUAUUGCUGUCUGGAGCAUGUUGGGCAUUGUAAGGCCGUUUGAGGAUUGGGAACUUUGGCAAUAUAUUGCUUUUGUCUUGCGGAUACUCUUCGGUAUUGCCUUGUCUGUGCCUGCUAAGAUUAUUUUCGCUCGUGUCGCUGCCUCUAUGCUGCCGGAAGAAGAUGUGCCUAUCUUGCCUUUUGACCGUUCAUUCGAUGGUAAGGUGGCUGGCGUGAGUGGAAGGGGGGAACUCGGCCUUUCGGAUGCCUGGACCACUUUUGGAUGGUCUGCGCGCAUUCGCUUUGCGAAGAUUCUCUUCAAGGGUCUUGGUAUUGAGAUUGCCCUUGUUUGUAUAGGGUUCAUUUUGAUCUUUUUCGAGUGUUGGGCUAUCUCAUUGAUCUAA